AAGCGGCUCUGCGCUGUGCGCGGUGGCGUCACACGAACCGACGCACUUUUAAACACCUAGGGGAACCGCUGGGAACAUGAACUGGGACACUCAGCUAAAUUCCAUAUUGAAUGAUACUGACUGCAAUGUUGCAAAAAUUAAGAAAAGAUUGAACACAGCAGGUUAUUAUGCAAAAGGUGGUUCACUUGAUAAAAUGGAACAUGUUCAGUUCAGUGAUCCUAUAUCAGUUACAAUAGAACCCUCUUCCUAUUCAGAUAUGUUAAGCUAUAAAUUACCUAAAGAAGAAUUAAUGGGUAUCUACAGACAGCUCCAAUCCCAAGGAAAAACAAUUGAAUUUUUACAACAAGCUUUAUUGAGAGUUGAAACAGAAAAGGUACAGCAAAAGCAAAAAAUUCGAUCAUUAGAAGAGGACAUUCGACGAUUACAGAGUAAAUCUGGAGAAAGAUGUUUGGAUUUCCAGUUAGAGAGGAAAAUGGAAGAAUGGCGGCGGGAGAUAUCCGAUGAAAUUUAUAGCUUACGAGAGCAAGUACAACAUGUGGAUGGGAGAUUUAGUCAUGGAAAAAUCACAGUUUCUAGUCUGAUGCAAGAAGUGCAGCAAAGCAAAAAAAAUCUAUGUGAAGAACAUGACUCACUUCGAAGGGAGAUUAAUAACUUGAAGCACAAAAUAUGGAGGCAAGAGGAGGAACUACUGAAUCACAUUUCUGAUACAAGGGAACUUAAGCAAUCACAGGAGAAAAGUAGUAAGAUUCUGAGAGAAUUGAUGAGUAAGUAUCAAUUGCACCUUUUGGAUUCUAACAAGUCAGUUCAUGAACGAGCAUAUGCAGAACAAGAGCUUACACACCUCAGAUCCACUGUUGCAGGCUUGAAGGAACAACUGAGAAACAUCCAUAUAGCUGACAAACAGACCAGUACACCAUCAAAACCAGAAGAAAGAAAACAGUACCAAAAGAACCACCAAUCUGUGACCCAGUCACUAAAUGAAGAUUCUGACUCCACUCUAAGUUGCACUCUUAGUUUGGGAGACACCAGCUCAGAUGAUGACUUUUCAUCAUUGCAAGAUCUUGAUUUAGAUCCUCCACGUAUAAAAGAUGUCGGGUACAAUUCUGCCUUGCACAUAGAGGAGUGUGAGAACGAACCAAGAACAAAUUAUUCUGAUGAAGAUCUUAGCGUGGACUUAGGAGGGCUAUCUGACAACCCACCUGAACUAACUCUCAGUGAUCUGUCAUGAGUAUCGGAGUCUUCAAAAAUAGGAGCCUUGCAGAGUGAUAUUUUUGCAAUAUUUCUCAUAAAGACCCCUUUAACAUUUUCAAAGAUUUGCACCUUAUUAAUAAUUUAAAUCAAGAUUCUCCAUGUCAAAGGCAAUAACUUCUAUCUGUACUGUGCCAGUGAUAUCCAUACUUUAGGUAUACUUGAUUGAGAGUUUUAAAAAAGCAAUUUCAGUAUUUUUUUAAAAAAGUAGAUUGUUUAUGGUGCCAGGCAAAAACAUCCAAAAAUUGGUUAAACUUCUACAAGUGAACUAGCAAAGAAAUAUGGGACUCUGACUUGACAUCAGUUUGAAUGAACAUGAAAGAAUUGUUUAGCACCAGGGAACCACUCAGGUUUGUUCUGAUUUUCUCUUAACUAUUAAGAAAUAGAAUAAUCACAGUAAAUUAUUCAUUGAAAGACAAAACCUCAGGUAGUCAAUCUUAAUAUUUGCGUUGUUCCAUGACUGUUGUGCAUAGAUCAGAAUGAAUAGGUUUGGUUUCUGUGAAUAAGUUGGUUGGAGAGAAAUGAAAGAGGUUUUCAUCAUACUAGCUGAUUUAGUGGCAUUACACAAUUUCAAAAAAAAACUGGUGCACUUUUUAAAGUGAGUAUUCAUGUGACCAGGUGUAGUCACUGAGAAUGCUAGCUGAGGCCAACCAAAACAGGGAUUAAGUCUGGUAUUGAAUAAAUGGCCAUCCAAUGAAUGAGUGAAGGGAAAGAGGAGUGGAACUUUGGAAGGAGGUACUGGUUUCACUUCAGAUUGCCACAUCCAACAGCAAGUCUUCCCUUGUUGGCCUAAUCUAUUAAAUUAGAAAGCUCCUAUACUUAGUCAUUGAAGUUUUUAGGUUUUCAAAAUGCCUUAAUUUUGGGGUUGUCACAAUUUCAACAUUCAACAAAUUCCUCUUCCACCUUUUGGCAAAUAGCUGGUAUUAUUUUAAAUAGUAAUCCAGUUUUCUGGACGUGAUUUAGUCAGUUUAGCAUUAAGUACUGUAACAACAAUAAAAGAAACCAAUAGUGUAGCUGCCAAUAUGGAUUUCAAAAAGGAAAAAAAUUGUUUGAUCAACUUCAAAUUUUUAAUCUAUAAAGAUUUAAGAGUACACAGGGGUAAUGAUUUAUCGAAGUGUGCCAUAUCUAGGAUUUCUAAAAAGUGACCUUCACUAGGCCCAUGACACUAGUUAAUGUGUCUGAGCACAGGGUGUCAGUGGACAAUUAGCAGAAUUCAUUGCUUACUUCUUUCAACCAAGUAGGAAUAAGUAGUGCAUAAAAGACUGAAAUAAGUGAUCAAACUAAUUUUAAAAUGGCAAGACAGAAUUGUGAAAAAUUAAUGACAGCACCCUCCACUGGCGUAACAGGGUAUGUGAACAUACCUGCACGAACAGCUUGAUUUUGAGAUGGUGUGAACUGCCCUUGCUGGAGAAUCUGAGAUAACAAUGUGUAGAGCUGAAUGAACACAGGCUAAACAGCAUCAGAGGAGCAGGAAAGCCGAAGUUUCGGGUCUAGACCCUUCGUCAGGAAAAAAAGGGUACUUUUUCUGAGGAAGGGUCCAGACCCGAAACGUCAGCAUUGCUGCUGCUCCGCCUGCUGUAUUCACCAGCUCUACACCUAGUUAUCUUAGCUUGAUUUUAUGUUGUAUUGUAAUGAGGCAUCAAAACCCUUCACAAUUGGCAUUAUCAGCCACUAAUUAAUACCAAGCUAAAAUAAGAGGUGUUAAUACAGAUCAUUGGAUUUGUGAACUUUCAUUUACUGAUUGUCAACUUCAACAUAGUUUGUUUCAAAGGGCACUAACUGCUGGCCUUACUUUAAAAUGAAAUAAAUUGAUAAAAUAUAAAUUUCUCAAUGCACAAGGUCUGCAGUUCUGUUAGUCAUCUAUCCUGGCUGAAGUAUUAUAACCAACUUACCUGCGACCUCUUAUCUUACCAAAGUAUGGAGAAAUAGAGUGUGUCAUAGAAGAUUAUCCUCAUUUAAAUAAUCCAGCCAGGCAUUUUAUGCUAGGAGUGUGGUCAGUGGCCAGAUGGUGUUCAGUCAAGGGAGUUGGCAGAGACCCUGCUCCUGUAGAAAAUUGGUCAUGUAUCCCUCACUUCUAUUCAUACACUGGUCAGAUUUUUAAACUUCAGCUGGAGGUUGAGGUUUAGACUCCCAGUUCCAAAGGCCUGCUUUUACUCAGUACACUUACUUCCCUUCCACAUGACAUGGUUCGAGUCCAUUGCCCUAGCAACUCUUCAAUGCUGUUGAUAACCCAUAAAGUAGAAUUUGGACAUUUUAAAGUGUACACUUAGUAAUAAGCAAUAACUAGGUAGUAAGUAAAGAACCUGUUUCAUUCAAGAGAUGGCAAUCUUUUUGGUCCUCCUUUGUCCAAUUACUGGUGUUUGUCCCCUCAGAGGCGGUUUAUCAUAAUCCUAGUCUGGCAGGGUUAUACAAGUGUCCCUCAAUCUGUGAUACACCAAUCCCUUUUGCCUGAUUCAUCCAGUGAAUUUACUGCACCAAUUUCCUCACUACUUUCUGCGAUCUCAACUACCAAGAUUAGCAGAGAAUAAUUACUGGUAAAAUAUGGUAGGAAUAAGACAAUGAACAUUUAAAUUUUAGUAAUUUUCACUAAUUGUGGACAGCAACUUCAGUGUCAUUACAAACAGUGCAGCCUUGUAUCUCAAGGUAAUUAAAAUAAUUAUUGCUGAAAACAUUUUCCAGUUUUUAAACUUGCCUUUCAAUUGAGCAAAAUAGGUACUUAACCUUUUUGUGGUUAUACCUCACUCAAAGCUUACUACUGCAAGUGGGUCUUGAAUGGAAAGUUGUGUUGUAUUAGUCCAGGCAUUUUAAAUAAUAAUUUUACUUGCACAAAAUCAAAGUCGAAAUCUUCCACAAAGCUAAAAAUUUCAAGCCUAACCAGAUAGUUGGGAAAGCAGAGGUAAAAUUCUAAUAGUAAUAAGUUAUAGGUUAAAGUAUAUUUGAAUAGGCUUACAACCACCUUUUUUCAAAGGCAAUCAAGUGUGCAAUAAAAACUGACCUAGCCAAUGCCCACAUACUAUGAGCAAAUAAGUAAACCAACUUAAGCAUAGUGCCACUGUUCAGUGAACAUUUUGGAAAUACAACAGAUUGAAUCUUUAUCAUGUUUUAUUGGAUGUUUGAAACCAAAUCAACUGUUCUUAAGCAUUUCAAAGACAAAUAAUUUAUACAUUAUUUUAAGUGUAUUUGUGCAAACUGAGUUGAGUUAUCUGGAGGAAGUAACAAUUUACAACUGUUCAAAAUAAAAAUGUUUUUUCAUUUUUUGUA